AAGGAAGCAACGACCCAAAUAGGUCAAAUGCACACCAAUAAUUAGCAUAUUUACGCAGUACACGCCAUAUGUCAUCGUGCCCGCGCGUGUUGCAUAUCAAGUUGAUAUUCAUGACCCUAAUAAAAACCGCUUGAAAUCAAUAUGCUUCUAUACUCAAAUUAAUUGAACUACCACUAUUUUAUUCUAAUAAUAACGAGGCUAGCUGCAUAGUGUCUAAAAAAACCACCAUCUAAAGAACCCGCUUCGUGUGAAAAAGAUGCCUGUCGUGCGCAACCGCCGUCGCGCUCCCGAUGAUGAAGAUGAAGCGGAGAUGAACUCAGACGCCUCAUCCGAACCCCAGCAAGCUCCCUCCCAACGAUCCAGACAACAACAAAAACGACAGCGGCGCCAGACCUCUGAUUCCGAUUCGGAUGCCUCUUCAGAUGGCCGGUCAACGCCGGAGAUGUUUACCCAAUUCCACAGAGCCACUGACGUGAUGGUCAAGAAGCUGGUGCGGCUCGCGCUUGCAAGCGAGUAUUCGCGGCAGGUGAUCCGGCGGACUGAUAUCAGGGAUAAAGUCCUGGGUGAGCAAGGAGCGAGGCAGUUUAGGAUGGUUUUUGAAAAGGCGCAGACGGAGUUGAUAGAGAGAUUCGGCAUGCAGAUGGUAGAGCAGCCAUUGAGGGAGAAGGUGACGAUAAGUCAGAGGAGAGCCGCCCAACGCACCGAACGACCUGCCACAACCUCCAAAACCUGGACGGUCGUAACCACCCUUCCCCCUGCCUAUCGCACCCCAACCAUCCUCCCACCCUCACGUGCACCCUCCUCCACAACCGAAAGCACUUACACCGCCAUCUACACCUUCAUAAUAUCCACCAUCCUCCUCUCUGGCGGCUCCAUCCGCGAACAGAAACUCGACCGCCUCCUCCGCCGCGUCAACGCUGAUAACUUCACACCCAUCGACCGCACGGACAGGUUACUCGCACGCCUAUGUAAAGAAGGCUAUAUCGUGCGUAACCGGGAAAUGGAUGGCGGGGAGGAGAUUGUGGAGUAUCUUGUGGGGCCUAGGGGGAAGGUUGAGGUGGGGGUUGUGGGCGUGUCGGGGUUGGCAAGGGAGGUUUAUGGGUUCGGCGAGAGAGGGGGUUCAAAUGUGAAUGGGGGUGAGGGUGAGGGUGUGCCUGCUAAGAGGCAAGAGGAGGUAGAGGCGUUUGAGAAGAGGUUGAAGAGGAGUUUGGGGAUAACAGAACCGUUGCAUUUUGGGAGGGAGGAGGGUGAUGGCGAUGGCGAUGGCGAUGGCGAUGGGGAGGAGUGAGGCUUGGUAACUUGUCGGUUUCUGCUAUAUGCUCCUUUUUCUCUCCUUUUUUCGUUUCCCUCUUCUCUACUAUGUUUUUAGUAAGUAAUGACUUUUGCACUUCCCAGCCUCCUCCAUACACCUUGGUCUAGGGGAGCUUUUGAUUUCGAUGCGAAUACCUUUUAGCACUUGCCGUUUUACAUAUGACGUGUAUAUGGUAUCUGUUUUUAAUGGUGAAAAUAAUUCUAUUUAUUUGUUGUAUAUCUCUCCAACCUAUUCCCUCCAUAUUGCCCUUCGAAUAAAGGAAAUGAAAACAAGAUGAAGAAAGGAAGAACGGCAGCCACGACUGGUUAGGAAAUUGACAUUUUUCCGCUGAGGAACGAGAUACAUAUAUAUACUCCCGCUAACCUUAAACAACAAUGGUAAGAGACCCC